GCCACCAUACAGUGACUUAUCCACUCGCAAGUGCCUCGCGGCUCCACACAUACACAAGGGGUGAUGGGCAGGCUCUGGAUACUGGGGCUUGGAGUGGCGCUGCUGGUCGUCGGUGGCCAGGCCAAGAGCUCCGAGGCCUACGGAAAGUUGUUCGGCAGAUGCACCAAGGAGAAGAAUACCUUCGAGUGUCUGAAGAGGAGAGCGCUGGAGAUACUGGACGACGCGAUAAAGGACGACACCGUUUACCAGGUGAACGAGUUCAUCGCGAUCGGGAGGGAUGCCAACGUCGCGAGGAGCCUCGAGCUGCAGCCACUCGAGAACUCGACGUCCAGGAGCCUCGACGAUCAGCUCGACAAAAAGUUACACGAGUACCUCAGCUCCAGGAGCAUCAAGCUUACUAUUCCCGGGGAUGCUCUGCAAGAGGGCAGAGGAAAGAAGGGCAAGAAAGGCGGCAUGGGCGGCAUCAUGAUGGGAGGACUGGCUAUGGCAGGUAUGCUGGCGCAGCUGGCGUUCGGUAAGAUCGCUUUCCUGGCCGGAACCGCGCUGCUCACCGCCAAGAUAGCCCUCGUCCUCAGCGCCAUCAUCGGUCUGAAGAAGCUCGUCGGCGGAGGCGGCGGAGGACACGAGGUCAUCUACGCCACGGCAUCGGAGCAUCACGGAGGCGGUUACGGGGGCGGAUGGCAGCGAGCUCUGGACGCCAUACCGAUCACCUGA